AUGGUCGAUGCCGUAGAGGAAGUUAUCCAACAGCUGAUUGAUCGUGUCUCAUCCUGUUGUGACUUUUUAGAACAAGAGUUCGAUUUUUAUUCACUGGACUAUCGAAGAGCGCCUUCUCUUGCGUCCGCUUCGUCGGUCGGUGGAAGUGACUUAGGUGAUCUCAGCGAUAGCGAACUGCCAUUACUUGGUAGCGAUGAGGAUUCCGACAAGGAGUUUGAAAAGUUGCAACAGUUUACUUAUGAAACUCGGAAUCACAUAUUCAAACGCGAACAUUCGAAUGGAAUCCUGCCCCAAAAGAAACUGAAACCUGAAUAUCGAUUGAAUGCAAGUGAUUUACAUCACGAAGAGUUAGCAUCUGACGAUGAGGGUUCAUUGGACGAUGAUGCAAAAUUCAGCGACGAUGAAAAGGAAAAAGAGUACAAAGCCCGAAAAAUGAAAAGCAUACCUUGCUCAGGUGGAAGGUCAGAAAUCAAAAGAGGUGGCAUCGGUGGAAAAUCGUGGAACUGGCACUCAGUUGCUAACCGCAUCGAAAGGUACGUCAUAAUCAUAAUUGGUCAGAUAAUUUUUCUUGGAACAGUCGUAACACUGAAGUGUUGUCUCAUAGAGGUCGAUUCAAUCGGCGAAGAAGCAAUAGAAGAACAGAAUUAA